AUACCGCAUUACCCAGUCGUGCAGUGGAAAGCAGAAAGCUUCAGUUUCCGGCCAUGGGCAAUGUCGUUGCGUCAAUUGGUGUGGACUCUGGUCUCUUCAGAGUUGGACGAGAAGCUCGACGAGCACAAGCUGCAUGGGACUUUCCUGCGUUCAUUUCAAAGAUUGAGUUCCUCUGGGAGAGGUACUGUGGCGCCUCCAGACGAGCUCAUCGUUAAGCAUUUGCAAGGACUUGGUCGGCAACGGGGCCACGACAGGCACGUCUUACGUUUCCAGAGCUUGAGAAGCCGGCUCCAUCAUUCAGCUGCAAGGCCGGUCUUGGCACUGCUGUUUCAUCUACGAGGUGGAGAUCGAGGUGUGGUCGAAGACGUCUCCAGGCCAACGUUGAAGGAGGUGCGUGGUGGAUGGCACUUGGCCAGUUUGGCAAACCAGAAAGAGAUCUCUGAGGCAAAAAUCGUUCGGGAUUUGCUUUUCGCUUUGCAGGGGGUUAGCAGCGACUGCUUCGACUCCAGCUGCGAAGUUGAUCCUGCUGUGUUGCUGACCAGGCCUGCGUGGCUGCUUUGUCACCGCAUUUUGGGGCUGGCAAAGCUGCAUUUGCGCUUGUCGACUGAUGCCAAGGAAGCGAUGGGCCAUGGCCUGUUGCAUCAAGCUCUGUGCGAAGCCUUGCGCAAGCAGCUCCAGGGCUAUUAUGAAGUACUUGCUCAAUUGAUGUCAUGCGAAGGUUUGAGUCUUCGAUCUCUUUGGGCCCGGCUGCUGGCGCCGAUGACCCGUCUGCACUUUUUGUCACAGUUGUGUGAAGGAAGCCGAGGCGUCUUUGGGGGAGCACUGUCAUCGAUGGUUUUUGCUUCGGGCUUCUCGGGUGACAUUGUCGCACAAGACUUGGCAAAGGAAAUCCUCCGCUCUGUGGUGAAACCCUUGUGGUCCAUGAUUCGAGCUUGGAUGACAGAAGGUGAGUUACAGGACCCUUAUGGUGAAUUUUUUGUCAUCGCUGAUGCUUCUGUUCCAUUGGAAGACUUGUGGAAUCGUGCAUAUUCCUUGGAGUUAGAGAUGGUGCCAAGCUUCAUUUCUUUGGAGCUUGCUCGGAAGAUUCUUCUCACAGGAAAGUCUGUGAACUUUAUUCGACUUUGCUGUCGCCGGACUUGGUCACCUGAGCCUUUGGGGACCAGCGAGCUUUUGCCAGAAGAGGAGAUUGGAGCUUCCUUUGACUUGGCCAGCCGAGUUGAGCGCUUGUCCUCUAAGACCAACGAACACCUGGUGAAGCUCCUGAUGAAUCACUUCAGCCUCGGUGAGCAUGCAUUGGCUCUCAGGCGGUUCUUGCUGCUUGGCCAAGGAGACUUUGUGCAAAGUCUAAUGGAUGCCCUCCAGGAGGAGCUCGACAUCGAUGCCAAUAAGAUCCAUAAACAUCAACUCAUGGGGAUUUUGGAGAUGGCACUGCGGCAAUCCAAUGCACAGUUUUGCUCGGUCGAUGUGCUGGGCAGACUUGGUAUUAAACUUCGAAGUCCGGAACGUGGCGAACGUGGUUGGGAUGUGUUUCUCUUGGACUACAGCAUCGAUUCACCACUGCACGUUGUGUUCACGCCAAACAUUAUGCAGAAGUACGACCGUGCAUUUUCCUUUCUGUGGAAGCUUAGGCGCGUCUCACAUGCUUUGGCUGCAAGCUGGAAUCAGCAUAUGGCGCUACAGAGACAUUUGUGCCGAGACCAACGGGACAGCUUGGACCGCCUGUCGUUGCUGGAGACACGGCAAACUUUGCACCGCUGCACAUUGCUUCGUCAUGAAAUGCACCACUUCGUGCAAAAUGUUCAGUCCUAUGUCUUGGAGGUCUUGGAUACUUCUUGGGCCAAGCUGCAACAGGGAUGGCAAAAAAGCAGCGAUUUGGAUGAGGUCAUCUCCCAGCAUGAACGCUACCUGGCCGCUGUGGAAGAAGGAGCCUUCUUGGCCAAAGGGAGCGAGGCCAUUCUGUCUGGGGUCAGCGCUCUGCUAAGUUUGGUGCUCGAAUUUUGCACCUUGCAAGAGCAGGCAUGCGCUUCUUGCUUCGAAGUGGCAGCAGUGGAAGAGGAAGAGUCUGUUGAAGCAGUUUUUCAGGCGGUGCGAGGUCGGCCCUUUGCUCGUUCGUUGGCGGAAUGUCGGGCGUCAUUGGAUCACUUGGCCUCGACCUUCCAGAUGAAACUACAGCUUUUCUUGAGGGCCCUGGAGGACCAACCUGAAAGGCAUUCCGAGUUCAGCGUCCUCAGUUUUCUUCUAUGUCGUCUUGAUUUCAACACACAUUAUGAAAACAGGCGGAGUGAACGAUGAUGCUAUGCGGGUGGGCGCGCACGGGCACCUACCAGCACUGGUCCAGUUUGGGAACAAACCCAGACCCUCUGCAAGAAAACCAGACCUGCGUGGUGAAAUGCGAAAAGUGCGGAACUCUGCAAGACUCGGCAUCGAAGUUGCUAAUGCGGCGAUUGUGUAUGGAGAAGCUAUUCACCACCACGUUCAAGCCGGGAAGUGUUGCAGUGUCCCUACUGCCGGCAGAAAGCUCAAUCAAAGGAAUUACAAUGUCAAUUUCCGGAGAUUCAUUGAAUUUUCUGGGGGCGGUUCCCAAAGAAACAUGCCAGUUGUUCGUUUGGACUUGAGAAGAAAGCCCAGUACCAACGGUACCAAUUAUUUCAUGUACCGCACAGCGGUCAUUUUCUCCAUGAGCCUCGAAUGGGAAGGGCGGGGAUGUGAGUUCGAUAGCUGCUUUGGUAUGUGGAAUGCAGAAGAGCACUUGCAGAGCAAAGCAAAGAAUUUGUUCCUAGUAGCUUCUUGUUCCUAGCGGCAAGGCCAGGAGCCCCUAGUAGCGUCCUUGCUCCUAGUAGCGAUGCCCUUUGUUCCUAGUAGAGGACAUUGUGGAGCACUUGUUUCGCUUGGAGAUGUGAGUUGCAACGGAAGAGCCGUGGAGCUCUAAGACGUGACGAAAGAAGAAUGGAUGGGUGGUGUUUUUGUUCAAAGUUUAGGUCUAUGUUUCUUUGGUGUGUUUCCCUUUCUUCACGCGUUAUCCACAACAUGUGUUCCUUUCAUGUUGUUAAACUUUAAUUCAAGACGUGCCCUUGUUGUUCAUCACACUCCAAGGGCAUAUGGGCAGAAGACGACGGCCCAGCAUGGCUAGCUGGGUUGUGGUUCCUGUCCUGCCUUGUCGAGGCCUUGUCCAGGGCCUUGUCCGCUAGGUGGGUCGCGUUUCGUGAUCUGAAUCUGAAAUCCAACCACUUGAAAACUGAUUGCGGUGUCAUUAACAUUGUGAAUCUAAGUGCAGAGACAGUGUACACGUACUAGUCACUCUUGUGUAUGUAUACAUGUUUUUCCCCAAACAGUGUGGGCACACUGAGGGGUUCUUACGGUAGGGGAAAGGAAGGUGUGCUUAGAUCGCUGUGCGUCGCGGGCGUGUCCGGCUAAUUCGUU